AUGUUUAAAUAUUUACGACAAACUGAAUCAUGUGAUCAAAUAAAUAAUAACAACCAAGAAGAAUCUUCUAGAAUCUCUAUUGAAACAAUACAAAAGAUUGAAAAUAAGAAUACAGAAUAUGAUUCUUUAUUAUCUGAAUAUGAUUCAAAUAAUUCUGA